GAUAAUGCUAGUCUCGCUUGUUUUCGUUCGCUUUUCGACUUCAGUUAGUUCCUAAAUUGUCAAACGGGUACAUAAGUGAUAGUAGGACCGUAAUAUAUUAAUUAUCCGGGAAGCAGGUGUCCUGAUAAGAAGUAAUUUACCAAAUUGUAAUUGAUGUUAGUAUUUUUUUAACAAUGUUAUUACUUUUUUUUUUUUUUUAUAAAACUUGUUAUCAUCAUAUUUGUUAUUGUUGCUGUUAAAUCAUGUCCAGUCAUCUGAAGAGUGAUUCUACGAUUUGUAAAAUGCAUUUUUUGGUCAUACAUUGUGUUUUCUUGAUCGUACUCGCUGACGUUGAAUUAUUGUAUAGGGGUAUCAAUUGCAUUUCCGGAUUUCUUCCAGGAAUUGUGGGUAACAUCUGUGUCCGCCAUGUUGCUCUUUUCCCCACCCCCAGGCCAAUGCUUGGCAAUCGGCCAACUCAAAGAGAGGAGUCUGAAGUAGGCCUAAGUGCGCAUGUCCGGAAACAUUUGAGUUCUUGUGUAUGUUGGGAAGCCUGGUCAAGAGCGUGGUGGUAGUCUGUAUUUCAAGGACACUGGAUUCGCUUUACUCACGUGAUUCAAGGAGAGCAGUACUCAGGACAGGACAGGUCAAGGAGCUGUUUUUCUGCCUUCCUUUGACAGCGACACAGUUUCCUCCAGUCAAUGAAGUGCUUGUGAAGAAAGCAAGGACAGACUUUCCGCCCUAUCUCCAAGUGUGGAUGUCUGCUACAAAGGAGUCGUGGCUUCUGAUGGUAUCACUCGGGCAUUCGCUGAACAAGGAAAAACCUGUCAUUGACAGUUAUUGAGACGAUUCCAAGCACCUUCGUCUGUCCCAGUGUGCGACAGUUCCCUCCGAGUCAGGUGUCAGAUGUGCUCUGUGUGUGGGGAUUGAUGCAAAAAUGUCUCAGCCUCAUUGCUUCCCGACUGACACUCUACGAACGGAAGCACAAAGUCUGUCUGUCCCAACCAAGGCUACUCAGGAAAAAAUCAUCAGCAAAGCUAGCUCACUGCUAAAGACUACUGUAUCACAUCCCACAGCUACCACCUUUCCCCCGUACUGUGGUCAGAUCUCUUCAUCACCACCAUCCAUCUCUUGUUCCGGGGAAGGCAUAAAAGAGAUUGAAAAACAAAAUGUGCAGAGACUAAUGUUAACAAGUGCCUCAACAAAAUCUGGUACAGUUUCCAGCAUUAUUUUGAAUAAAGAGAAGGAAAAGGUGGGAACACCUCUCUCAGCUCUCAUACCUGCAGAUCCGUCAAGACCAGUUUUUCAUCUUUUGAGUUCAAGCUCAGGUACUUUUCUUGUGCCGGUUUUCAAAGCAGCUCACACUAAUAGCAGGAACAAAACUGCCAGGAAAAGUAGUUCAGGUCAGAAGCAACCUGAUUUAAUAAAUACUAUCCAGAAAAGUAAAAAAAGUAAACCCCAGUACGUAUUACUCCCACCAUAUAAAGGUCAUGACUCAUCUUUGAAAUGUGCUUCAGAGCAAGGCAACAAGAAUGCUGGAGCUAUCUUAGCAACUAAUAAUUUUGAUGCAUCUGUGAACAUUUUCAAUUCACAUCAACAGAAUGCUUUGAAAGGAGCUGAUGCUAGUGGCCUGUGUGUGUCUCAAAAAGAUUCUGUAUCUGCUGCUUCAGCCAAAGCGGCUCCAAGUGCAAGCACUGUGUCUGCUUUGAAACCGAUUUCGGUUAGUCAUGUCGCUAAACCUUUGAAAAUUUCAAAGUCACUUUUCAGCCACUCUGCUGGUGCAAAUAGAUCUCCUGCUAAUGUAGCACUGGUGUCUUCUACCGUGCCUCUUACCCACCAACCCUCGACAUCACAGGGUCAAAAACUGAAAGACUUGUCUCAUGAGACUCUAAUUUUGAAAACUCCAGGCCAUCCAGGUCGCAUAUUACAAGUGUCAAUACCUCCCUCAUCUGGCCACAAUAAUGAUCUUGGGAAUGCCAACUACAACAUACAGAAGAGGAGUGUUCAGGAAGAUGUGAAGUCAGAUCAUUCAUACGUCUUUGAAAAACUGAACGAAAUUGUGGCACCUUCUGUGCCAGUUUCUGGCGUAUCUCUUUUAGGUAAUAAACAUUAUGGAACACAUUCAAAGAGUGCUUUGGGUGAAGUGGGAAAAUUAUCACAGGUUAGAGCUUUGUAUUCUAAAGUUCCUCUUGCAAAAGGGCAGUCUACUGCAGGUGUUUUGAAGAAAUCUGAUUUCAGUUCAGAGAGGAAAGACUCUGGUAUGUCUCUCUUGAAUAAAGCUCAUCAUUUUUCCAUUUCCAAGAGUUCCGCGGAUACUAUCAAGCAAGAUGCUGGAAAAUUUUUGCCCGUUGAAAAUUUGUAUUCUAAUAAUGCUGGAUGCGUGAAGGCUCCAGCGUCUUCAAGUGAAAGCUUAAUGCAGUCUUUGCAGCAACUAAUGAAGACGAAGGGGUCGCAGAGUUUUACAGAGUUACCGAGUUCAGUAAAAGACAGAAGAACUGAAUCAACCAAGACACACAUGUUGACAACUUGUCUGCAAACAGCUUGUGGUUCUGUUCCAGUGAACGUGAUUUCUCCCAGCUUAGACGAUGAUGAUCUUGACAUAAAUGCACGUACAGAACUAACUUACACUUCUCAGGAUGGUUCAUGGCUUCCUUCUCAAUUCCAAAAGCGUAAAACAACAACUAGCAAAGGGAAUGCUUUUGGAUAUACAGCAGACAGCAAAUAUAAAAGUUUUGUUCCAGAAUCAGAAGGGCAAGAUUGUGCAAAGUCGGAUUUGUGUGAUGACAUUGUUGAUGAUAAUUAUGGUUGUGAGAUGGAUGACUGGAAGAAGCCACAUGCCAACAUUCAAGAUUCAGAUCUAAAAAUUGAGUCUGUGUUCUCUCUGGCUGAUGCAAUCCCUCAUGUGAUACAAGAUGAUGGAAGAGACUCACCUGUGGAUUUGAAUGAAAGUGAGAAGCAGGAAAUGGAAGUAGAAGAAGUCAAGGUGUCAUCUACCUUCAAGUUGACAUCUUCAGACUGGAAAAAAUAUUGUUCCCCUUGCUUUACUGUUGUGGAGAGGCUUACAAAGGAAGAGAUAAAGGCUGUGAACUCACCUGAGGCAUUUCCAAAGUGCAGUAACCACUGCAGAAAGAGACAUCUGGAUUCACUAUGUCAUCUCAACCUCUUAACGUGUAAUAAUCACCCAAAUUUUGAUUGCUUGCCUUCUCCUCCUUCUAAAGUAGCUAAGCUACAAAGUCCUGAUCAAAACCCCUUAACCAGCAAAACAAAACAAAGCAAGGAUGUGAAGCAUGAAAUAAUUGAUUGUGAAUCACCCACUCUAGAUGGAAACAGUACAUCUUGUGUUGAUAAAGAAAAAAAGAACGAAAUAAAAGAAUCUCCAUGCCCUGCCAUGCAUGUUUUUCCUACUCAAGCAAGCAACUCUCUGAGGCAAGAGGAACAGUCAAAAGAAAUGAGAAAAGAAGAAAAUUUAUCUCCACCAGCAGUAAGAGAGAAGAAAAGGAACACAGGCAGAAGUACAAAUCCUCUUCCGGGGAAUGGCACAGCUGUAUUACCCAAGCAAAAAAGCCCCCAUGCGCUUAUUGUCAGAGGCACAAAAAGCCGUCCACAGGCUGCUAAGUUAUUGUACUCUGAAGAACCUGAUGAUGUCGAAGAUCUUGAUUUUGGUGCAAAACUAGCAGACAAGGGCGAUUUUUCCAAGAAUGAAUCUGUUUUUGAUAACUUAGCAAUAAAACUGCUCAGAAGCCAAGUGGAAGAGAAACGCUCUGCCAUGGCUCUGUGCAAAGCUCAAAGGCGUUGUUGGACAAGUAAACAGAAUAUUCAAACAAAACAGGCCAGGACCAAGACAGCAUUGACGUCUGCUAAAAAAUCACCUCUGCAGAAUGUUACAAAAGGACUGCCCGUUACGAAGGUGACUAGAGAAUCGACGAUGAAAAAGCCCAAUUUGAUACCAUCUGAGAAAACUGUGGAAGAGAAUAAUGCUUUUCAAAGGUUCAAGGUUCACAAAAGCAAAUUUUCCAAAUUCGUUAUUCCAACCCCAGUUCUUUCCAAAACAGCACCAUCUACGACUAAGAGUGGAGAGUUGAGCUCAACUACUAUCCAGGCUGCUUUGAAUUCAUUGUCAUCACAUCUCGCAAAAAGUGGUAAAAAAAUCGUUGAGGAGAACAAUGGGUUGUUUUUGAUCCAAAUUGAUGGAAAGCCUGUGCUUGUGAAACUUUCCAGUCCGAAUGCUCUUGGAUCUUUUCCUAAAACUGCAUUGCCAAAUGGGGAAAAUACCAAGAAAACUUUAACUCAAGGUGUUUCUAGUAAAAAAGUUGAGGGGAAAUCUCUGCCGGUUGAUUCAAAUAUCCAAAAAUCUAGUCCAACUUUAAAUUUGAACUGGUCUCCAAACCCUGGACCUGGCCCAAGAGGCGUGUCUCUUGACCCUUGUGUUGCUGAGGCACAAAAGGAUAAAAGGCAAAAGGCUACACCAUCCUCUGUUCAAACAUGUGGAGCUCUGUCGUCAUCCAGCAGCAGUGCCUCUGCCCUUCUCUCUGGCCUCAUGGCCCUCCCUCCUUCAAACCAGAGCACCACUAGCAUGGCUAAAUCAGAUACCAGGGCUGUCACCACACCUCUGUCAUAUGGAAGAGUUGUCAACAAGGCCAAGGCCCCCUCUUCUAGUGAAAACGCAACUGCUCCUCUAAUUGUUGGAAAGAGCAACAACACUGUUGUCUCUCAUUCUUCUAGGCUGAACAUCACGACGUCCCUUCUUCAAGGGAAAACACCUGUUUCUGGGGAGUGUACCAGCACUACCUCAGUCUCUGUGCCUAUGUCUAGUGUUAGCUCUGUCGCAGUCCCAACUCAUCGGCUUCCAACAACAUCCACAUCUUUAUCUGGUAAUGUUUCUCGUGAGGCUCAAAACAUCACACAGCCAGGAGGUGCUGCUCUACAAACUGCCAUGACGAGGCCUGUCUCUGCAACAUACGCCGAUGAGAACAGUCCCUUUUCUCAUCUCCCUCCCAACAGCACACUGUUACCUCAGCGAAGGGUCCGUACUUCUGAGCACAUCUCCGAGAAAGAGCGUUGGAGGAAGAGAAGAUUACUGGAAGCAAAAUAUCCCCUACCUCCUGGGGUUGUAAUAAAAUGUGAACCCGAUGAUUCUUCGGAUUUCCCAGAAUGCCUUCAAUCCCAGUCCGAGGUUUCUACGUCAGUGGUUUUGCAGCAAAGAAGUAGGGGAGAGACUCGUUUUGAAGAAAAUGACCAGGAAAGUCCUCUUUCACAGAUUGAUGCUGGACAAGAAGUAAUGACGCAUUCCGAACUCAAUGAUGAACCCCCACCACUACUUCAAGAGACACCAUCGGGCAGUGGCCAUGAUUCCGGAACUGGGAAUGCCGACAGCGAUGAUGAUAUGCCACCCGUGCUCCAGCCCAUGUUUUCUUCCACUUCAUCAACCACAGGUAGGCCGUUCUGUGAGGACAGUCCCCACACCCCUCACUCUGUGUCAAAGGCUUCUCAUGGCGUCGCACAGAGUGAAUCACAGUCUGGUGAAGCCCCUUCAGCCAGCCAAGACAGUUGUGACGAUAGUGGUAUUGAUUCCACGGUGCCAAGUGCUAGUUCUUCCACAACAUCGGCUGACAGGUUCUCCUUGCCUUUAAGGCCACAUAGGCCUUCCUUCCAGAAUCCCAAAAUCCAACAUCUGAAAGAACUUCUUGAAAAGAGAAAACUACAAGUUGAAAAAAUGAAGAAAAUGAGCCAAGACGAGCUUCCUUUGGAUUUAUCCACUUAGUUUCUUUGUUAACCCCUUUGUUGCUAGGGUGUGUGCGCUCCUACUGCCAGCUCUAAUUUUCAGCUAAGCUCCUUAGCCAGGACAGCAGUCCUGAUGUUGUUGAACUUGCUGUCUGGUUCCGGCCCACCUACGACAUUUGGAUCCCAGGCCUUUGAUAGUGUCACUUCCCUAACUUUGAACAACUGGAAGUUUUAGGUCAAAAAGUGAAAUUUACUGCCUUCUAAAGCCAUUUUGGUUAUGUUUUUUUUGAGAGUGCACUUUCAUCGGCAAGACUAGACAUGUGUUUCUCGAUAACUUGCAAGGCUAGUAGGAAAGAAAUACUAGCAAAUUUGGUACCGAUAUGGGCAUUUUUUUAUUCACGAAUAGAAAGCCAUACUCUGUGACUGUGGCUAUAUUUCUCUGUACAGAAUUAUUAAAACCAGAUGAUUAUUGAGACGUUCUUGUAAUGUUUAAUAUGCAACCAGGAAACACUUAUUUUCUCAACUUCUAUGGACAAAACAAAGGAAACAAUUAUGCAUUUUGUAAUGUACCAUUUAUGUCACACGGCAACGAAGGGGUUGGCCUAAUCUAGUUGUGCAAUUAUUUUGUUGUUAAAAAGGGAUUGAAGUAGUAAAUGCUAUCUCUGUCUUCCUUGUUCAAUUCUACUCUUUGUUUCUGGGAUGGUCUUCAUUUAUUAUUACUCAGGGAACAUACAUCAGAUUUCUGUGUAAUCUACAAAAUUUCUUUACAUUUUGCAAUUUUUUUAAUGUACUUCAUUUAAAAUAUCUUCGUGAGGCUUUGUGUAGCUUUCGUUUUCAUAGUGACCAAAGCAGACACAUUACAAAUUAUACAGCUAUGCAGUUGAAUGAAGAAGUGCUUCUUCAACCAGUGUUAUCAUUCUGAAGAUUAUGAGCGUCGUCUUUCAUUUUCAUGGACUGUUAGCUUGAAAAAAAAGGGCUGUCAAAAUUCAUCUUCUUUAAUCUAGUUGUAUGUGUUCAUUAUUUAUGUAAGUUUUCAUCUAUUGUACUCAUUCUAAUCUGUUGAUGUCCAAAUUUUUUACUGAGCUCUAAAGGAACGUGUGAGCAGUUCCAUAGGGCAGAAGGAGGAACAAAGCCUCUGAGCCCCUGGUGCAUUAGACUUGAAAUUGUUCUACGAUGGGCCCCAGCUAUAACGGGCACCAGGACCAGCAUGAUAUCCCAGUUGUAGUCGAAUCCUGGUAUAGAUGGGGAUCACGCUAACAAACAUUACUAAUGAUUAACUAAUGGGAUUGUAUUACUCAGACUGGUAAAUAGUUUACCCACUGCCAAUUAUUUAUUUAUCAGGUAUUUCUCCUUUCUUUUCCAGAGAUAUUUUUGGCUCCUCGCUUUUGUCUUUCUUUUUUAUUGUAUCUUAGUCUCAUGGACAUUGACUGGACAUUAUUUAAGUUGCAUAGGUAGCCUUAAAAAAAAAGAAUAAUUGCAUUUAUUUAACGCAUUUUAUGCUCUACAACAGGCAUUUUGCACACUUUACAACGCGUCAUAUUCAUAGCCACAUGGUGAGCAUAGUUGAGAAAAGGCACACAUAUAUAGAUCUGUAGUAGACCCAGUGCCUGUUUGUCAUUCAGUCGUUUAUUCCCUUCACAAAUCUCGCCACCCCACAGGGAGACUAUGUCCAAUGUGGUGAAAUAGUGCCAGUCCAAAGUCAUACUGAGUCACUGAUUAGAUUUGCAUCAACUCAAAAGUGCAUGUAAUAUCUGCGGAAUCAACAUAGGCCUUCUGCAUGUUAUGUAGGUGCAAUUCGCUAUGUUGGAUAUUACUUUGCUUCUUUUGCUUUCUUUUUUCUGCUUUCUUGUCCACUUGUUGGAUUUUGUCAGUCAAUGGUUGGACUACUGGUAAAAGCAGAGCAUGUAUUCUUCCAAAAAUGCGUGCUGUGAAAGAACUUUUUUGCUUCCGGCUAUAACUAUGAGAUCAUUCCAUAUCCUGUUAUCACCAAGUCUGUUAUUGUUAUUAAAGUGUGGCCUAUUGCGGUUCACUGAAGUUAUUUUUUCUUUUUCUUUAACAGAUUGAAUAUUAUAUCCCAAUGAGUCUUGAAGCUCUUAGUCUUACAUUACUUGGCAUUGCAGGUAGCCUACAUGUUGUUGUAUGACACUGCUGCUUUCUGGUCUUUCUUCUCUUCCUUUCAUUUGAAUAUUUUGAAACAUUUGUUAAUGUUGCAUUUACCACUGCAGUGGAAACCAAUAUUGUGCUAAUAUGCUUCUUUUUUUUUUUUACUUGGGCCAACUAGCUUUUUAGGCUUACAGUACUGUUAAUGAAUUCUACCCCAAAGAACAAGAAUAAUGAAGAUCUUGAACUAGCAUUCAGUAUAAUGCAUUUGCAGUUUUGUGAGAGGGGUGAUCCCAUUUGGUGCCCUCCCCCCCCCUUUUUUUUUUGGUUCUUAGUAGCUUUUUUUCUUUUUUGAUCCGUUAACUUAAACCACUUAAGUGUCCAGACUACUUUGAGAAAAAACACAAUAUUUGGUAGCUUUUUUGGUUUGGUUGUAAAAUGUUAUAGACGUAAUUGACUGUAAAACACAUAAAUGGUAUGAAGCUUUAGGUAAGGGUUUUCAUUUUUGUACAAUUUUAUUCCAUUGGUCCUUCAUAUUUUUGCUACCACUAGUCUAGUACCACCAGACCUUAUUGUUUGAAUUUAAACAAAAUUAGAUUAUAUUAUGAGCCUUUACCAUGCCCUUUUAAAAAAAAUAAAUUGGGAGUUCUUUAUACAGGAGCAUGUGUAGACUUAAUAGCAACAUAAAACAAGUAGAUCAUAUAGACAAAUAUACUUUCUGUGUUUGGAAGAGUAAACUGGUGCAAAUGAAGAAAUCAGUUUUGUUUGAUUUUGAUGCCAAUGCUCACCUUUUGAUUCAUAAUUUAAACAAGAUGUGUUUUUUCAACACUGAGACAAGUUUCAAGGGUGUCUGUGUUUUUAUGUAGCCUACCCGUAUUUUUAAAGUGUUUAUCUCUUACAUCCAUCUUUGUGUUUAUUGUCCAUUUUAUAUGGGGAUUGUAUUCUGAUUUUCAGUUAUACUACUCGUUUUCUUUCAAAAGUGUACAGUCAGAGAUGUACUGAUUUGUUACUGAAGUUUUUAACCCAUUAAACUGUUACGAAGUGAUUCAA